AUGUCGACCAUCGUCAACGGCCAACUGCGCUCAACUCAGCGGAUCGGCGUCAACUUCCGUAUUGAGGCACAGAUAACCCCUUUCUCCCCCUCGACGAAGGGUGAUGUUCAACCUGGGAUUUCGACCUGGGACAGGUCGAAAUCCAACAGGGUGUUGACGGGCAACCUGAACAACCAACCUAAGUGGUUGGUUGUUUACCAACCUUAUUUCGUCAAUUUCGACCUAGACCAAAAUCUGCCACCACAGGGACCGCGCUGGGUGACGUUCAACCUGGGACAGGUCGAGAUUCAUAAAAGCUCUAGCCUCGGAUUCCAGAAAUUCCACGGGUAA